AUGAGGGGCCCGCGGGCGGCCCUGGCGCUGCUGCUGGCGGCGGCGUUCGCCCCGCGGCCGGCGCGGCCGCACCCGCAGUGCCUGGACUUCAAGCCGCCGUUCCGGCCGCCGCGGGGCCUCGCCUUCUGCCGCCGCUACGCCGAGUUCGGCUGCUGCGACCCGCGCCGCGACCGAGCCCUGCUCCAGCGCUUCUACCGCCUCAGCGCCCGCAUGGACGAGCGCGCCUACGCCGCCUGCGCCGGGCACCUGCAGGAGCUGCUGUGCCAGGAAUGCUCUCCAUAUGCAGCUCACUUGUACGAUGCUGAGGAUCCCUCCACCCCUGUGCGGACAAUUCCAGGACUAUGCCAAGACUAUUGCACGCAAGUGUGGCAAACCUGCCGCUCCAUUUUUCGCUCUCUCUCUGCAGACCCAGAGUUAAUUGCACUGGAAAACAACGUGGCAAAGUUCUGCCGCUACCUGUCCCUGGAGGACACCGACUACUGCUUCCCACACCUGCUGGCUAACCAGGACCUGAACCAGAACCUGGGGCUGGUCACCGCUGACGCGGAGGGCUGUCUCCAGCUCUGCCUCGUGGAGGUUGCCAACGGGCUGCGCAAUCCCGUGGCGAUGGUACACGCCAACGAUGGCACCCACAGGUUCUUCGUCGCAGAGCAGGUUGGCCUGGUGUGGACCUACCUCCCUGAUGGAUCCAGGCUCGAAAAACCAUUCCUGAACAUCAGCCAAGCUGUGCUCACCUCGCCUUGGGAAGGGGAUGAGAGAGGGUUUCUGUGUAUUGUCUUCCACCCUAAAUUCAAAUUUAAUGGUAAAGUCUACGUCUACUAUUCAGUUGAAGUUCGUUAUGAGGAGAGAAUCCGAAUCAGUGAGUUCAGGAUUUCUCCUGCUGACAUGAAUACCUUGGACCAUGGUUCUGAAAGGAUAAUCCUUGAAAUAGAAGAGCCUGCUUCCAACCAUAAUGGAGGAGAGCUGCUCUUUGGAGAUGAUGGGUAUCUCUAUAUCUUCACUGGAGAUGGAGGCAUGGCUGGGGAUCCUUUUGGCACCUUUGGAAAUGCCCAGAACAAGUCAGCCCUGCUGGGCAAAGUGCUGCGGAUCGAUGUGGACAACAACGACCGCGGGCCGCUGUACCGAAUCCCUCCCGACAACCCCUUCGUCAGCGACCCCACGGCUCGCCCCGAGGUGUAUGCCUACGGCGUGAGGAACAUGUGGCGCUGCUCCUUCGACAGGGGCGACCCUCACACCAAGGAAGGGAAGGGGCGGCUCUUCUGUGGGGACGUGGGGCAGAAUAAAUACGAAGAAGUCGACAUUGUCGAGAAAGGGAAAAAUUACGGCUGGAGGGCGAGGGAAGGGUUCAGCUGUUACGAUAAAAAACUUUGCGCCAAUUCCUCCUUGGACGAUGUGCUUCCAAUCUACGCAUACCCACACAAAAUGGGGAAAUCCGUUACAGGAGGCUACGUCUAUCGAGGUUGUGAAUCUCCAAACCUGAAUGGCCUGUACAUAUUUGGUGAUUUUAUGAGUGGACGCCUGAUGUCUUUGAAGGAGGAUCGUGCUACUGGAGAGUGGCAGUACAGUGAAAUCUGCAUGGGGACAGGACAAACGUGUAUGUUCCCUGGGCUUAUCAAUAACUAUUAUCAAUACAUCAUCUCCUUCGCUGAAGAUGAAGCAGGGGAACUGUACUUCCUGUCUACUGGUGUACCAAGUGCCACAGCUCCCCAUGGAGUGGUGUACAAAGUGGUGGACACUUCCAGGACAGCACCACCAGGAAAAUGCCAAGUUGAGCCAUCGCCAGUGAAAGUCAAAAGCAAGCUCAUCCCGUUUGUGCCAAAGGAGAAGUUUAUUAUGAAGACACCAACACCACGUCCCCGGCCGAAGACCACGACCGAGGCCCCGUGGGGAGGCGUCCCCGAGCCCCCGAGCCCCCGCACGCCGGGCGGGGACCGAACCAGGGCAAGCACAGCAGCGGCCGGGGGCCCGGGGAAGGGGCCCGAGGAGCGGGGCCAGCGCAGGAAGAAGAAGCCCCCCGGCAAUGGCACCGUGCGGCUGAUGCGGCAGGGCCGGCGGGGCCGCGGCCGCGGCAGGGUGGAGAUUUUCAUCGACGGCGAGUGGGGCACGGUGUGCGACGACGGCUGGAGCUUGCCCGCCGCCGCCGUGGUGUGCCGCCAGCUCGGCUUCCCCUACGUGGUGCGGGCCACCAAGAAGGCAGAGUUUGGGGAAGGGUCGUCGCUGCGCGUUCUUCUGGAUGAUGUGCAGUGCUCCGGGCAGGAGAGGACGCUGCUGGAGUGCUCCCACGCCGAUGUCGGCACGCACAACUGCUCGCACGAGGAGGAUGCCGGUGUGGUGUGCAGCCGGGAGGAGGUGACGCACCGGUGAGCCAAGAGCUGGGGAAGGCAGCCGAGGGGCUUGGAGCACAUCCCUUUCUUGCCCAACCCUGUAAACCAGCUGCAGUAUCGAGGAGGGUGUGCCCUGCCUUGAAGA